AUGGUAAUGCUGGAUCUAAUCAACUCCCAACUUAUUAUGGUAAUUUUAGUGAUAGUUGGAGAGACCAAUACAGUUGGGUGGCCAGAGUUUGUCUCCGCAGAUUAUCCUCGAUGUGGAAAGGUUGCACGUGGUGCUUUAUGUCCAAAUAAUCUUUGUUGUAGCAUUUUGAGCUUAUGUGGUAGCACAUUAUUGCACUGUACCAUUGGUUGCCAAAGCCCACCUCCGAGCCCUCCUCCACCAAGCCCACCACCUCCGAGCCCAGAAAGACCAGAUAGUAGAUGUGGCCCUGAUUUUGGAAACACUCCAUGUAAUACAGAAAGGUGUUGUAGUAGAUUUUGGUUUUGCGGUAGCACCACGGAUUUUUGCCAAGGUUCAAAUUGCAGAUCCCAAUGUGGGAAGAGUGCGCGUCGAGGUUUGCACGAAGAUGACAAUAGUGUUGAUGCUACAAGCAACAUUAUUAAUGAAACACUUUUUAACAAAAUGUUUAAGCAUAGAAAAGAUUGUCCAAGUCAAGAUUUCUAUAACUACAAUUCUUUUAUCAUUGCUACUGCCUCUUUUCCAAGUUUCGGUACAACUGGUGAUGUGGCAACUCGUAAAAGAGAGCUCGCAGCUUUCUUUGCUCAAACCUCUCAAGCAACCACAAGAGAACAGACAGAUUCGACAGAUCCAUAUGCAUGGGGAUAUUGUUAUGUCAAUAGAACUACCACUGAGAAUUAUUAUUGUACAUCUUCUCAAUGGUCAUGCGCUUCUGGCAAAUAUUAUUAUAGUCGAGGACCCAUUCAGCUUACUCACAACUACAACUAUGGGCUUGCCGGUGAUGCACUAGGAAUAGACUUGAUAAACAACCCUGAUCUUGUAGCAACAGACCCAAUUGUAUCAUUUCAAACUGCCAUAUGGUUCUGGAUGACUCAACACGACAAUAAACAUUCAUUCCAUAAUAUUAUUACCAAUGAAAAUUCUGAACCCAAUGAACUCCCAAAUUAUAAUAAUUUCAAUGAUGGUUUGAGACACCAAAGUGAUUUCUGUAUUGGUACAAACAUCGUUGGGUUCUAUAAAAGGUUUUGUGACAUGUUAGAAGUGAGCUAUGGUGUAUUUGGAACUAGUAUUUGA